AGAGAGGAGGAGGAAGAGGAGAAGGAGGAGGAUGAAGAGGAGGAGGAGGAGAAGGAGGAUUGAUAUAACAAGAGCGGCUGUCGAUGCGCACCGCAAUUUCCACUCCAAAUUCCUUUGAACCGGACCGACAGCGCGAGCUCCUUUUUUUAUACGUGUGUGUUCCCUCUCUUCUCUUUUUAAAUAUCCUUUCUUCCUUCUUUUUUUUUUUUUUUGCAUAACCAGAAACCGCACGAGACCCUCGUGGAAGCUUUAAAAACAUCUCGUUUGCAUUGACACUUUCUCUUCCCCUCCCGAGGACGCUCACUUCGCUCCGCCGCCUCGCGCGCGCGCCGCGGAAUUUUGGACCAAGAAGAAGAAUAAGGAGGAGGAGGAGGAGGAGGAGGUGUGUGUGGACGUGUGUGUACUUCUCAAAUGCAAAAGUACAUGUAUGAGAAAGCGAUGGCCCCGGAGACACGGAACGGAGGCAGCGGCCCGCUGAACAGCGGCCCCGGCGCGGAGCCCGGGCGGCGGCGGCUGCUGGUGGCGCUGGACGUCCUCUGCCUGCUGCUCGCUAGCCUGCCUUUCCUCGUCAUAGAGACUAGCACCAUAGAGCCGUACCAGCGCGGCUUUUACUGUUCGGACCAGUCCAUCCGCUUCCCCCGCAAAGAGGGGGACACCAUUAGCGACGCCGUGCUUUGUGGCGUCGGCAUUGUUAUUGCCGUCUUCUCUAUCGUGAUUGGGGAAUGCUUCAGGAUCCACCAACUGCGAGAGGGAACCAAGUCCUUCAUCGGGAAUCCCUACGUGGCCGCCCUCUACAAGCAGAUGGGCGUGUUCCUCUUCGGUUGCGCCGCCAGCCAGUCGUUCACCGACAUCGCCAAGGUGGCGGUGGGCCGCAUGAGGCCUCACUUCCUGGACGUGUGUAAGCCGGAUUUCUCCGCCAUCGACUGCUCGCUGGGCUACAUCACCAACUACACCUGCACCGGCCCCGAGAGCGACGUGCAGGAGGCCAGGAAAUCCUUCUUCUCAGGACACGCCUCUUUUUCGAUGUACACCAUGCUGUACCUGGCUUUCUACCUCCAGUCCCGGUUCUCGUGGCGCGGCGCCCGCCUCCUCCGCCCGCUGCUCCAGUUCACGCUGCUGAUGAUGGCGUUCUACACCGGCCUGUCGCGCGUCUCCGACCACAAGCACCACCCGACAGACGUGCUGGCGGGCUUCGUGCAGGGCGCCCUGGUGGCCUACUGCAUAGUGUUCUACGUGUCGAACCUGUUCACGCCCCGGGUGAAGCCGGCCACGCCCCCUCCCUCCCCCAUCAAGAAGGAGCUGCUCCCUUCAUCCGACAUCAUCGAGAGGAACAACCACCACAACAUGGUGUGAGAGAGAGAGAGAGAGAGAGAGGCCCGCCCACUUCCUCCUGUGACUCGAGGAGCCAAUCGCAGCGCUGCUCGCCUCCCAUUGGACACUAGAAUGUAGCGACGAGAGACUGCAGCCGCUCCUCGCCGCCUCCUCCUCCUCCCUUAUUUUUGUUUUGUUUGUUGUUGUUUUCGUUUUUUGAGGCUCCGCCUCCUAUUCGGACUCGGCUGUCCGAUGUUUUUUUGUUUUUUGAGACUUGCACAGCAGACGCCACUCGCAUCACUAUCCAGACGUAUUAUUUACUAUAAUUAUGUUAACUACUAAUCCGCAUUUUGAUCCCAUCGUUUCCCGAAAAUUGGACGACCUGGCAGACAGCGCUGAGGGCGCGAAGGCUCUCCUUGGGGGCGGAGCCACGUGAAGGGUUUAACGAAGACUCUCUGGAGCGGAAGGAGAACUACUCCCCGAGUCUCGGAGGUUUUACUGCAAUAACUAUCCACAUAUUACCCGUAUAGAGCCGAUGUAACGUAGAGCUCCGUGUUUGUUUGUUUGUUUGUUUGUUUUCAUCACCACUCGCCGCCUGAGACCCAAACUUGACGCCGCCGACGCCCCGCGAGGCUUUUAGGCUCCGCCCACAAAAACCACUGUUUUCCUUCUUCUUUUUCUUCUUUUUUGACGAUGCAUUUAAAGCUAACGCGUUCUUUUCGGCGCCGCUCGUCACUGUCACACCGGGCAGCCAAUCAGAUCGAGCGAGGGGCGGGUCUUUGACCGCUGCACCGCCGACUUCCUGUUCUUGGAAGCUGGUCAACAUCGAUAUUCGGUUUUAAAAAAAUAAAUGUGAACACAUUUUUAAAAUCCUAUUACCAUUUGAUCGCCCGUCUCUCUCUAACGCCUCGUUGAAGCUCCUCCCCUAAACUCGGCGUCGGCGCGUCACACUUUCCUUUUGUUUUGACUCUCAGAGCGGCCCAAACCCGGGAUGGUGCAUUUCAUGAGGUCAUGAGGGUUAGAUGUAUGAGGGGGGGGGGGGGGUAGUAUUGUCUGUGGAGGGAGGGAGGCGGACCUCCCAGCACCUGUAUUAAGAGGCGUGGCUGUGCCAUGCCGCUUCCUUGGUGUUGGGGGUCACCUGUGAUUGGCUGGGGGGGGGGGGGGUCACAGUGAAGGGGGCGGGGGGGGGGGGGUCACCGUGGAAAGACGGUGAUGAAUUACAGCUAAGCUGGCACAUUUAUUUUUACGGGAUGAUUUGGGGCUCUUUUCCGCUGGCAGGGAGGGGCUCUCACCCACCCAAUCACUCAUUGGAUGUGUGUGUGUGUGUGUGUGUGUGUGUGUGCAUGUGUAUGUAGGUGUGUGUGUGUGUGUGUGUGUGAGUGAGAGCAGGUGGACGUUAUAAAAACUGUGGAUCCAACACGUCGUAUACUCGUGUGUGUUUAUGUGUGAUCACGAUCAGUUGUACAGGAACAGAAAAACCUUUUUGGUUAUUUUAUUUACAGACUCAACAACAACAACAACAACAACAACCACAACAACAACCACACUCUCCGCCACGUUGCACAUCUUUCUCACCGUACAGUCCGUCCUAUCAUUUCAAGCCGUUCUCACUUUUCUCCUUGUUAUUUUUUGUAUAAAUAUAUAAAUACUGUAUAGAUCACUAAAGUUAUUGUUGUUGACAUGUUUAGAUGUUUCCAUGGUCACACGACCUGUGUCCUUCAGCACGCUGCUUGAAAAGCACCCGUGACAGAUGUGUUGUAUCGAGAAUAACUGUUGUCGGUUGUUGUAGCUGCGUUGUGUAAUGUGCAUUCAACAACAACAACAACAACAAGAACACACCCACACUUGUAUUAAAAAUUCAAUAUUAGUAUUUUUGUAUUGUCUCGUUUCUUUUGUACAUUAAAGCUGUUUGUUUCUGCUCGAUGUACUUAGCGCUAAUACAUGUGCUUUUAAAUAAUAAUUAAAAAAGCUCUUUAUGAACACAA